UGUGUUAAUUUUUGAGUGGCACUUUGUGGAGCCGUAGCGUGCGAUGCUUGUAAGAAUGUGUGGAUGUGUGGGUGUAGCAGGUGCCUGAAUGUGUGGGUAUAGCAGGUGCCUGAAUGUGUGGGUAUAGCAGGUGCCUGAAUGUGUGGAUGUGUGGGUGUAGCAAGUGCCUGAAUGUGUGGGUGUAGCAGGUGCCUGAAUGUGUGGGUAUAGCAGGUGCCUGAAUGUGUGGGUAUAGCAGGUGCCUGGAUGUGUGGGUGUAGCAGGUGCCUGAAUGUGUGGGUGUAGCAGGUGCCUGAAUGUGUGGAUGUGUGGGUGUAGCAGGUGCCUGAAUGUGUGGAUGUGUGGGUGUAGCAGGUGCCUGAAUGUGUGGACGUGUGGGUGUAGCAGGUGCCUGAAUGUCGCAGUGUGUGUGAGGGGAACAUACAGCAGCAGCAGGCGUGGUAGUGUUUAGCGUCUGUGUGUUGUUAUGGCAACACGUGCGCAGCUCAUAGGGAGUGUGAGAGGUGCGCACCUACACCCCCACACCUGCUGCAAGCUGGGUCGUUCCCUCCUGCUGGGUCGUCACAAGGAGUCCAGAUCCUGCCUAGCUAUGAGGUCUUGUGAAAGUGCGUGUGACUCUGCUGGUAGGGAGCAGCAGCAGCAGUAGCUGCUGUAGGCUGUGAGGGGGUGAAGGCUGCUGCUCCAGGUAUUACCAUCACUUGCACGGCUUCUGACAACAGUUCCUUCGAUCGCAUGGGUGCGCCGCCCCCUUAAGCCAUAGUGGCAGUGCUUGUGAACGCGCGCAGCUGGUGACAGUGAACGCGAAGACAGUGAACGCGGAGGAUGGCCGCACCCGGCUUACCUUACAGGGGACGGUAGUAGGAGUGUGGGCGGGGUGAGAGCGUCAGAGCAGUGACGCUCCCCCGUCAUGCCGGGGGGCAGGAGGGGCCUGGUCGCCCCUCAGAACACCUUCCUGGAGAACAUCAUUCGCAGAUCCUCCUCACAACCUGACUCCAGCUUCCUGUUGGCCAACGCUCAGAUAGUCGACUACCCCAUCGUGUAUUGCAACGAAUCUUUCUGCAAGAUUGCUGGCUACAACAGGGCCGAGGUGAUGCAGAAGUCAUGUCGCUGCGCCUUCAUGUACGGGGAGCUGACGGACAAGGAGACCAUCUCCAGGAUCGAACAGUGUCUGGAGAACCAGCAGCAGGACCAGUUCGAGAUCCUCCUCUACAAGAAGAAUCACAGCGGACUGCCAGGGACACCAUUAUGGCUGCUCCUACACAUCGCGCCCAUCAAGAACGAGAAGGACAUCGUGGUGCUGUUCCUGUGCACCUUCAGAGAUAUCACGGCGCUCAAACAACCCAUCGAAGCAGAGGACUCUCGAGCUGGCCUCAGCAAGUUCGCCAAGCUGGCUCGCUCAGUGACGCGAAGCAGGUCCGUGCUGGUCACUCAGUUCUCCUCCCACCUCCCUGUCAUGAAGGACGUGGCCAAGCAAUCCAAUAUCACCCAUAUGAUGAGUCUCAACAGCGAUGUUAUGCCCCAGUACCGUCAAGAAGCUCCCAAGACACCUCCGCACAUCCUCCUCCACUACUGUGCCUUCAAGGCUAUCUGGGACUGGGUGAUCCUCUGCCUCACCUUCUACACCGCCAUCAUGGUGCCCUACAACGUGGCCUUCAAGUACAAGACCUCGGAGGACGUGUCUCUACUGGUGGUGGACUCAAUAGUUGACGUUAUAUUCUUUAUAGAUAUUGUGCUCAACUUUCACACCACCUUCGUCGGGCCUGGUGGGGAGGUGGUGUCUGAUCCUAAGAUCAUUCGAAUGAAUUAUUUGAAAUCGUGGUUUCUGAUAGACCUGUUAUCGUGCCUGCCAUAUGAUGUUUUCAACGCGUUUGACCACGAUGAAGAUGGCAUCGGGUCGUUGUUCUCAGCGCUGAAAGUAGUACGACUUCUGAGACUAGGUCGAGUGGUGAGGAAGCUAGACCGCUAUUUGGAGUAUGGUGCUGCCAUGCUCAUCCUCCUCCUGUGUUUCUACAUGCUGGUGGCCCACUGGCUCGCCUGUAUCUGGUACAGCAUAGGUAAGAGCGACGCUGACAACGGGAUCCAGUACUCAUGGUUGUGGAAGCUGGCUAACGUCACUCAGACUCCUUACGCCUAUAUCGUGUCCAACGGCUCCAACACGCUGGAGCUCAUCAACGGACCCAGCAAGAAGACCAUGUACGUGACCUCUCUCUACUUCACCAUGACCUGCAUGACGUCCGUGGGGUUCGGCAACGUGGCGGCGGAGACGGAUAACGAGAAGAUCUUCACGAUAUGCAUGAUGAUUAUCGCAGCGCUGCUCUACGCUACUAUCUUCGGCCACGUCACUACUAUCAUCCAGCAGAUGACCUCAGCCACAGCCAAGUACCAUGAAAUGCUGAACAACGUACGCGAGUUCAUGAAGCUCCAUGAGGUACCUAAGGCCCUGUCGGAGAGGGUCAUGGACUAUGUCGUCUCAACGUGGGCCAUGACCAAGGGCAUCGAUACCAACAAGGUAGAAACCGAGGUGCUCAACUACUGUCCCAAGGAUAUGAAGGCCGACAUCUGUGUCCACUUGAAUCGCAAAGUCUUCAACGAGCAUCCCGCCUUCCGUCUGGCCUCCGACGGCUGUCUCCGAGCACUGGCCAUGCACUUCACUAUGAGUCACUCAGCCCCAGGUGAUUUGUUGUUCCACACGGGGGAGUCGCUGGACACCCUCUGUUUCAUAGUGACGGGGUCACUGGAGGUCAUCCAAGACGACGAAGUGGUGGCCAUCCUGGGCAAGUGUGAUGUCUUCGGCGACACCUUCUGGAAGGAUCCCACCGUAGGUCAGAGCGCAGCCAAUGUGCGCGCCCUCACCUACUGCGACCUCCACGCCAUCAAGAGGGAGAAGCUCCUGGAGGUGCUGGAUUUCUACCACGCCUUCGCCAACUCCUUCGCCAGGAACCUGGUACUCACGUAUAACCUCAGACACAGGCUCAUCUUCAGGAAGGUGAGCGACGUGCGCCGGGAGAAGGAACUAGCGGAGAGGCGCAAACACGAGCCCCAGCAGGAACUCAGCCAUGACCACCUCGUCAGGAAAAUCUUCUCCAGGUUUCGACGAGACAAGGCAAGUGGAGGCUCUGGCACGCCUAACAGUGCCGCCUCUGACAUGGUGGGCGUGAGUGGACGUGAUGUGGAACGAGGCUCCGGUGAACGCUCGGACUCCGAGGUGGUGGGCACCACCGAUGCCCUCAAGGUGGUGAAGAUGCCGCCGGCCAGAAUGAACAACAUCUGUGAGACUAAUGGACCUCGUAAGUGGAAGAACAUUUUCGGCAGGAAUGAGGGCGGUGAGGAAGAUGGUUCCACCACAGACGAGUGCAACAAGAAGAACCUUAUGCAAGAUGGAGUACUAAGGAGCCUCACCAAUAAGCACAACACCAACCUCUCCAAGACUCUUGGAGUGACUCCCAAGAAAGCCAACACAUCCUCAGCCACCACGCCUGGCACUACGCCCAACAACAACCAUAACAACAACAACAACAAUAACAACAACAACAACAGUGCCAAAACAGUGGCCAAAAAGGAGACUCUUGCUCUGGAGGGCAGUACGAAAUUCAAGCUAAAUAAACUGGACUCGCUGGACUCCGGGGUUGGUAAGGACCACAAGAACAAACUUCAGGACAAUGACUCUGGCAACGUGACAGAUUAUAUCGCUCCAGUCACCCCGAGCGUCACCCCAGCAGACUGUCAACAGAUCAUAGCCAGUCUCAUGGACUUCAAGGUUGAUCUGAAACUGGAGAUCCAGAGGAUGAACCAGAAGCUAACGAAGCUCGAGGACAACAUGAACGACGUGAUGACGAGAAUAAACUACGUGCAGCGAUCAACGUCCCAGCCAGUGAGCGUACGACCUUCUUGCGACGACCCGCUCACUCGACCACCUCUCCGGCGAGAGAAGGAAAGAACCACGGUGACCGCCGGGGAAGCCGGAGGUGAUACUGACGAAACCAAACACAAUUUACCGAAAGUGACUGCUAGUGAGGAACCGAGAAAGCCUAAGAGGCGAGACAAAAAUCGUGCAAAGAGCGUAGGGACGCCGCGCACCUCCCCUACAGACUCAAACUCUCCCACAGACUCAAUGGUGCGAGGUAUGUUAGAGGACGAGAUUCUGGAGCAAGCGACGACCCCCCGCGCUGAUGGUCCUCAAGUAACUAAGUCUCGAUCCCGGGAAUACCUCUGAGACCCCAGUAAAAACCUUCACUCGCCCGCGGUUUUUCCCGGGAGCUUUACCCUCGACCCCUCGAGCACGGUAGCACAAGUGUACAUGGUAAACAAGUUUAUUAGCAGCAAUGUAUUGGAAAUGGGCAGAAUUAUUCCCAAGAGAAACUGACACAAUGGGUGAUGCUGAAAGGACACGGCCUUGUUGUGUUUCCCAAUUAUAUUUUUCAGGACGACUGCAAGACUGUUGUUAAGGUAGCGUGGUAAGUGUUGAACAAUGGUGCGAUCAAUAUUGACACGGAUAUCUCAUUAAAAUAUUCUUAUUAGGCAGAAAAAAGAUUAUUGACUUCAUACCAUAACAGUUCUGAGUCACUUAGUACAGCACUUGCCACUCUACUAGUUGUCAGAAAUUGCUGAAGGUCCUACGUUGAAAUAAUUUAUUUUUUUACAAAUUUGAUUAUCUUAAAGUUCUGUGUUAUGUUGUCGAAACAUAUCAGUUGUGGUGCCAGUGUCCCAGCAUCCAAAUAAUGAGUCGCAGUUCUCAAUACCUGCGUCCCUGUACUCAGCUGCAGGAGAUAAACAUGAACUCUCAGCGCUCUGCUCGUCAUGAAGGCAGGAACCUUGAGCUUUUCUGACAAUGAAGAAGACCUCGUUCUCAGCUGGCCAUACAGUGACGUGACUGUUCUCUGGUGGUCAAGAGGACUUCUAUCUUUGCUGGUAAUGAAGAAGACUUUGUUCUCUGCUGACCAUGAAUAUGGGGACCUUGUACUCGAUAGCCAUGAAGAGGACCUUAUGUCCUGCUGGCCCUUGUAAAUAUGAUUCCCCCUCUACUAUGUUGGCUAAACAAGAGAGAUCUCUGAGCCCUGCUGGCUAAGACAAGAGCGUGCCAGUGGUACAUUGGUUAGGAGGUCUUUGUGUGCUACUGGUCCUGCUACCAACGGAUCAUCCCUGCUGGGAACUCAAAGCAACGUGUGCUUGGUGGGUAGAUGACCCCUCUGGCACCAACUUGACCCCUGGUGGUAUGAACCCGUAUGACUUUACCAUUAGGUUGCCGUGCCAAUGGGCAUGGUGCAGGCCGGACACUCUUGGCAAUACUCAGCUGACCCUCGUUCGCCAGAGUCGAAGGGAGUGGAAACAGUCUCAGCAUUUACACACAAGUACCGUCCCGUUUGUUUUGUACAUAACAAAACAAUGUUUUAAAGUUGAACGCAAGAGUGAUGCAUUUCAGGUGUUUCAUCGAAUAUGUAUUGAGUUUCGUCGCAAACUUAGAGCAAAUUAUUUGACAUUUGUUUGUGCUACAGUGGAAUUUUUAAUAUUUAUAUUUCUUGUGCUGAUUGUUACUGUUCCAACUGAUCUGUGAUAACAUGUCUGUUUAGGUACAUGAGAGCCACGCCAUGGCGUGGACGGCGGGGACUCCCCACCCACAAUCCUCCACCCUAAUAAGCCUUGAUCCAGCACCCUGAACACCCGGGACUCCCCCGACACUCCGACCUCACAAAACCUUGACCCAACGUUUAUGUCCCUGAACUCAGUCUCCCCCACCAACCUCAGUUUUACUCCCCUCUAACCAGCCUCCCCAUUACCCCUCGGCCUUUUUCCCCUCAUCCUUCAUCCUGGAGUAACACUCCCAGCUCUCAAACCCCAGGCCAUUAACUUAUCCCCUAUCAGCCUAAACUUUCCUUCCCUCUAACCUCCCCCUCUCCCAGCUUGAAAAAUACCUCCCCUUCCCUACAAAAGUCCCCCCUCCCUUGAUCCCCUCCUCAUAUACCCCCACUGGUCGUCUCCCUUAAUAAACGUGACCAACGUGUACCCUUAAAAUAAAAACAUACAUGUAUAUAUCCACUCUAGAUGACCUUGCUGUUCAUGUAUUCUUCUGCUUUCAGCUUGACCUUACUUACAGGAGUAGAAGAUGACUCUUCCUAUCACUUCCUUUCCAUCUCACUUUCCUCCCCACUCCUCUGCUUACUCCACCAGCUGGGUUUCAUUAUCAACACCUCCCCUUCCUUCCCUUCUCUUCCUCACUCCAGCUAAGUACUGUCACCAAUAACAUCUCGCGUGGCGUCGUAGUCUUUCCCUCUAGCGUAUUUCCAUCUGUUUAGUGUUGUCUGUAUUUCGCUGCGAACAAACUUGCACCCUGAGUAUCUUACAAUGGGAUUAGCCAGUCUGAAGUCCAGGUGUUGACAUCUGAGUACCUAUUUUGUGUGUCGACGUCUUGUGGAGUAUUUUUAAUCAUCACAUUAAUGUAUUUUUGACAUUCUCAGUUAGUUACUUUCAAGCUGUACCUUGAAAUGCUGAGUGUAAGCAAAAAAAUUGUCUAGCCGGUCGUUUCUGAGAAGGAGAGUGAGAGGUAACAAGGUUUUACACAGUGACAUCUGUUAGUGCAGAUGUCUCCAGAGAAUACUAGAGGAUUAACUCAUUCGUCCCCUUCUUGCUUCUGGCCUGUUUCUGGUUUUGUAACAAUUUGUUACUUACUCGAUACUUUCCACUAGUGUGACUCAGUUACUUUCCACUAGUUUGACGCAGUUACUUUCCACUAGUGUGACGCAGCUACUUUCCACUAGUGUGACGCAGCUACUUUCCACUAGUGUGACGCAGCUACUUUCCACUAGUGUGACGCAGUUACUUUCCACUAAUAUCACAUAGUAUUUAUGAAGGUAUUCCUCAUCCUGUCAAAUACUUUAUAUUUGAGAAGAUUCCUUUUCACUUGAUUUUGUAAGAUGAUUCUUUCUUGUGAAGGUUUUGCUGCAGGUUUAUAACUCAUACGGGUUUACGCAUAUUUUUGAAUAAUUGCUUGGAGAGAUUUGUCUCCCGAGGGACUCCUGCCUUUAAAAAAAAUUAUUUCUAAGCUUUCUUUCCUCUGCUGUCAGUGAAUUUAAGUCUAUCUGCAUCAAACCUCUGAAGUUGUAUCCCAGCCAUGACAUGUAUGGGUCAUUCAAGCCCACAUAGGCCUACCCUCAUCUUGCUGACCUUGAACGCCUGUCUGCCCAGACAUUCCAACAUUAUCACUGUCCUGAAGACAUUCAUUUGUCAUUCCCACCACCAUUUAUUGUCAUCACAUGUAACUAUUUCCAUUACCAUAAUGUACAAUGUAUCGCACAUGAAAGCCUGUUCUAAUAUUACAUUCAUCAUAUGAUGCACUACUUACCAUUCCCACUAUUCUACCAGGUUUUCCAGUCCUGGAAUUCCCACCAACCAUUUUCAUAAUGUAACAAUACUCGUCUGGACAUUCCAGCAGUCUAAAAAUAUCUGCACAUAAGUGUAUAAACAUUCCAGACAUCCAUAAUUACUCAUUUGAAUUUUCAGACCCGCGAGGAAUACUCACUCUUAACAUUCCACUUUGUUAGGGAUACUCACUCUCAACAUUCCACUCUGUUAGGGAUACUCACUCUCAACAUUCCGCUCUGUUAGGGAUACUCACUCUCACAUUCCUCUUGUGAUCACUUAACAUGUCAGACAUUCCAUCUCCCUCGCCUCGUCUCUCAAUCCCACCCACUAACAUUCUACAUUUUCUGUCUCUUACCCUUGAUGCUGGCAACGGGUUCUUGAUUCAAGGAACUGGUGUUUACCUCCCCUUCCCAAUGAUCAAGAUGAUUCCCUUUCAUUCCUCAGGCACUCUGUGAAAUGUAAGGGAAUCAUCUACGAAUUACGAAUUUAGCACUUCGCCGUGAAUAUAGUAAUCCAUGAGUCUCUCCAGACUUUCCGUCACCCUAGUGUUUAUCGGCUCACAAAAAAAUGGUUGACCAUAUGAAGUGCGUCCUGUAAAUGGAGUGUUCGAGGCUCAGUCCUCCGUUUGCUGAUAGCCAGACAGACGCACACAUAACCUGUGGUGUCGACCUUGUAGUUACAGUACCAUCCUCUGCCUUAUUAUUGUUUGAUUUAUGAGUGUUGUGAAGCGUAGUGUGUCGUGUUGUUUGCUUCCAUCGUGUCCGUACUGGUUGUUGCCAUCACUGCAAACAUGUUUGCAGUCUGUGAACACAGACGCUCGUGCACGGUUCAAGACUUUGAGGAAGCGUUGUUAGAUGCUUCUUUAUCGAGGCAAGUGGACCUUUGGAACACCUUGUGAUGUGACGGUUCCGUCUUUUUAUGGUAGAAAUUAGCCAAGAAAUGUUCAUUUCAACAAAUGCAUUGGUAACGUUUGUUAUUUAGGGAGUUAAACGUAAACAAUACUUUUUCAGUCCUAGUAAAACGUGGCGAAACGUUUCCACAUCUUCUUGAAUUGUGUACGAGACUGUCCAUACAGUGUCAGUAUGACUAUACUGUUGUUGUCAAGCCAUACUUACCCUUCUUGAUCUGGCUGCCACCCACCACAAGAAGCCUCGUUUUAUACUCUCAGCUUAAUUAAUGCUCCAAAUACUCCAGCUGUUGCUUCUCUCUCCCUCUCUCUGGAUGUUCUCCCUCUGGCAGCUGGAAGACAAGUUACACUUGUUGAGGCGCAGGACGCCGUUGUUCUCAUGUAGUGACGUAGAUUGUUUUAAUGUUGGUACAGUUACCGACAAUAUGUUAGGUAAAAAGACAUUUUGUUGAUGGAGUAAACGAGGAGUAACGAGGCAGAUAUUAUAGCCUAACUCUACAGUACAUAUGUUUCUCUUGGAGAGCGAAACGUUGCCACAAUAAAAUGUACUUGUACUUGUAUCCUUUCACCUAACAGUAACGUAGAGGUUCCAUCAUGUCCUCUCCUCUGCCACCACCAGUAUGGUGCGCUCCCAUACAUAACUUCUUACAUAAACUACCUAUCAUCUUACUUGCUAAUGGAAUCUCCAGUAACCUCUUAUUCAGAUCGAUUCGUAUUGGGCAAUAUUUUCAGGUCUCAUCUUAGGUUCAAGUGACCGAAGAUGCAAUGACUGCCUAGUUCGUAAUUGUCGAGGAUGUUCAGCACGCAUGUUCAACUUUCAGUGCACGAGUUAGUGUUCAAAUAUUAUGACAUAUAUCGUGGUGCUUUGAUCUCUUCGUAUCAUCCAGAUAGUGUAAUGGUUUGUUGUGAUGGAAGGUGUCCUUACCAGCUACCGGUGUGUCUCAGCCGGACCUAAUUGUCCCCUAAUUAGUGACUGAUCCUACGUACCCUGAUCUGUGUCCUCGGCUGGUGACCUGCUCUGUUCUUCCUACCUCCAGUGUCCUUAACUCGUGAGUGAUCGUGUAAGCCACACUCUCAGUGGCACCAAGUUAGUGCCGCUGUUGUUCCUUACCCCAGUUGGUGACUGAUCCUAUUGUUUCUUGCCCCAGCUGGUGGUUGAUCCUGUUGCAUCUUGCCCCAACUGGUGACUGAUCCUGUUGUUUCUUGCCCCAGCUGCUGACUGAUCCUGUUGUUUCUUUGCCCCAGCUGGUGAAUGAUUCUAAUCUUUCUUCUCCAGUGUUUUCAGCUGGUGAGUGAAAACCUGUCAUUCCCAACCUUCCUUUACUUCCUUCGGCUGGUGACUGAUCCUACCCUUCCUUACCCCAGCUGGUGACUGAUCCUACUCUUCCUUACCCCAGCUGGUGACUGAUCUUAUCCUUCCUUACCCCAGCUGGUGACUGAUCCUACCCUUCCUCACCUCAGCUGGUGACUGAUCCAACCCUUCCUCACCCCAGCUGGUGACUGAUCCUACCCUUCCUCACCCCAGCUGGUGACUGGUCCUACCCUUCCUCACCCCAGCUGGUGACUGAUCCUACCCUUCCUUACCCCAGCUGGUGACUGAUCCUACCUUUCCUCACCCCAGCUGGUGACUGAUCCUACCCUUCCUCACCCCAGCUGGUGACUGAUCCUACCCUUCCUCACCCCAGCUGGUGACUGAUCCUACCCUUCCUCACCCCAGCUGGUGACUGAUCCUACCCUUCCUCACCCCAGCUGGUGACUGAUCCUACCUUUCCUCACCCCAGCUGGUGACUGAUCCUACCCUUCCUCACCCCAGCUGGUGACUGAUCCUACCCUUCCUCACCCCAGCUGGUGACUGAUCCUAUCCUUCCUUACAUCCAGUGGCCUCAACAGAUGAUGGCUCCUCAUCCUCCCUCCCCCCCUCCCAGUUGUAUAUCUACCCUACCAUUUGUGGAAGCCAGCUGCUAUACCAGUGGGCCUCUGUUGGGACCACCUGGAGAGAGACAUCCCCACCACCACCACCACCCAACCCCUGCCAUCCUUCAAGCUAUAAUACUAUAGCAAUAUAGGACUUGUUUCAUAGCGCCUUUGUUUCUUUUCCUUCACUGAGACGGACGCUGAAAAUCUCUGCUCUAUACCAAGAAGUUACCAGUACUUCCCACCUCUUUCCUAUCCCCAGUAGAGCUCUGCCUGGUACUCCCGCUUUAUGUUCAGAUAGACUUUAACAACUAGCAUAACUUUAAAAAAACAUUAUUGUAUUAAAGAUUUUUUUAUGGAAGAACAGUUGAUUCCAGUUGAUUCCAGGUUAUAUCUGGAGGAACAUGGAGUAAUAAUUAACGAGCUGGUGACAGGGAUGAUUUGUUACCGAGUUGCUCCUUGACCAGUCUGGGAAAGUGACGGCCACCUGCUGAAGGUGGUGCUGUAAUGGCCACCUGCUGAAGGUGGUGCUGUAAUGGCCACCUGCUGAAGGUGGUGCUGUAAUGGCCACCUGCUGAAGGUGGUGCUGUAAUGGCCACCUG